AUGCCGCGCAAAGUAUACCUCAUCGUAUACAGGUCGCCCCUCUUCCCGGCUCAUUGGUCACUCUGGAUCCCGAGCCUCGCAGAUCCCAACAUUGGUAAACGAAUCCAUGUCACUGGAGACGUUCACUCAGGAUUUGAGCACGAUUUCGUGCGGAAUCAUGACUUGAGAACCGAGACGAGGACGCAUAUCGUUAUUCUCAUCGGUGAAGUCGACGAUAAACAAGUCGUGGAUGAUGAUACGGAUUUGAAGGAUGGCGAAGAACGAUUUGAAAAGAGGGACAAAUCUCCUAGAGAUCGCAUUGAGGAGAUUGCGCUUGGUGUUAUUGCUCCAGGUCCAAGCACCAACUAA